AAAAAUUGAAAAUUUGUUAAAUUUGGACAUUAUUUGAGUGAAAAUCAUGGGGAAAUUAAAUGUAACGGUGCUGCGCUACCUAACCAAGGAGGAUUUUCGCGUAUUAACUGCCAUCGAGAUGGGCAUGAAGAACCAUGAACUUGUGCCAGGUCCAUUGGCUGCUGCCAUUGCAAAUCUUAAGGCGGGUGGCGUCCAUAAGAUACUCAAGGAAUUGUGUAAACACAAACUGCUCUCAUACGAACGUGGCAAGAAAUAUGAUGGUUAUCGUUUAACAAACACUGGCUAUGAUUAUUUAGCCUUAAAAUCUCUUACUCUCCGAGGUUCCGUUUCAUCAUUUGGCAAUCAGAUUGGUAUAGGCAAAGAAUCCAACAUCUAUGUUGUGGCUGAUGAAGAGGGUACUCCUAUAUGUUUGAAACUUCAUCGUUUGGGUCGUACAUGCUUUCGCAACAUUAAGGCCAAGCGAGACUAUCAUGGUCGACGUCAUAAGGCUUCAUGGUUGUAUUUGUCCAGAAUUUCGGCAACUCGUGAGUUUGCCUACAUGACGGCUUUAUACCAGCGUGGAUUUCCAGUGCCCAAGCCCAUAGAUUUUAAUCGUCAUUGUGUUUUAAUGGAAUUGGUCAAUGGAUGGCCCAUGACUCAAAUCCAUGAGCUUCGAGAUGCAGAACAAGUUUAUGAUGAUUUAAUGAAUUUGAUUGUUCGUUUGGGUAAUUCUGGUGUAAUACAUGGUGAUUUCAAUGAAUUCAAUUUGAUGGUAGCAGAUAAUGGCAAACCCAUAUUGAUCGAUUUCCCUCAAAUGAUGUCAACGUCACAUGAAAAUGCGGAAUACUUCUUUGAUCGCGAUGUGAACUGUGUGCGUGAACUCUUCCGUCGCAAAUAUAACUACGAAAGUGAAGACUAUCCAAAAUUCUCAGACCUACGAAGAGAAGAUGACUUGGACACAGAAGUCCAUUGUACUGGCUAUGGUUUUACAAAAGAAAUGGAAAAAGAUUUGCUGCAGGAAUACGGCAUGAUUGAAGAAUCCGAUGAAGAAUACGAAGACGAUGAAGAUACUGCACCAAAACUAGUGUCAACUGAUAAAACGGCCAAUAAUUAUACAAAUGAUGAGCUCGAUGAAUAUCGCCAACAAUUGGAAAAUGAAAUAAGCUUUAGUGAAGUGAAAUCAAAUAAUAAGGCAGAUGAUUCUAUAAGAAAAUAUAUAGAAUCCUGUACACAAUAUUUGGGUAAUAUUAAAAUUGGCCCAGAAGUUGAAAUACCAGAAGAUGCAGUAACAAAGAUAACACCACCAUCAAAAGAAACAAAAACAGAAAAAGAAGAAACUAAAGAAACGAAAGAAACAGAAAGCAAAGAUGCCUCCAACAAUAAUGCAAACAUUAUUGCUAAUGAAGUUGUAGAUAGUGAUAAUGCCUCCGACAAAGCAGACAAAUUUUCCGACGCCUGUUCAUUAAGCUCCAAUGACUUGGAAACCGACAAUGUACCCGAAUUGGCUGACUUGGAUCCUAAUUCACGCAUGUAUCGUUUGAAAAUGGUUGAAAAGCUAUUAAGCGAUGCCCGUUCUCAGCGUUCCUAUUCCACUACUGCCAGUACCAUUGCUCCCUCUGUUGUUACGGAUCGCAUUCGACGUAAUAUGGAUAAAAAGGAAAAAAUCGAAAUGCGUAAACGUUGUGUUGCCAAAGGCGAAGCCAGUGCUGUGCAUCGUCAUCGCAAAGAGAAUAAGGAUGUUGUCAAAGAGUAUGCAGGCUGGGAAUUUUAAUUUCACGAUGAAUGAAACAUAUG